GCAUGCGCAGUGCUUCUUUCACAUCUGGAAAUUUGAACACGGCUGGGUGACGGACUAACCUACUAUCUACCCCAGGGUCGAUCCAGAGUCUCGCGACUGAAACGGGGAGUACUGUUUCCAGGGCGGUUUCACAUUUUCAAAUUGCAUGGAUCCAAGAAUUGCUUGGUAUCCACCGGAACAACUGGGACAUGCACAUGAUCUAUGGACGAGAGUCUGGGAAGCUCAGAUAGGCGUGGACAACAUGUAUUUGGGACCAGACCAGAAAGAUUUCAUUCCUUUGGAUGGGGGUAAUUUCGACAACCCCAACAUAAACAACAAAAAGAACAUUGAUGUAAAUAACCAUCAUCACCCACAGAAAAGGAAAAGAGAGAACCGGGCGAGUACGUACGGUUUAAAUCACUCUACUUACAAGCACCUAUUGGGUGAAGAUGGCGGCCUCACCCCCUGGAAACCCAAGGACAAAAAUUACGGCCCCGCAGUUAUUAUUGGUCUACACAAUGAGAUAAAGGACUUCUUCCACUACAUGUCUCCGCGCCCCGAGGAGGAGAGGAUGAGACAGGAAGUGGUUGACCGAAUCAGGGGAGUCAUACACGGACUCUGGAAAGAUGCCAAGGUGGAGAUCUUUGGGAGUUUUAAGACUGGUCUGUACCUCCCUACAAGCGACAUUGAUAUGGUGGUGACGGGCGAAUGGGAGUCAAUGCCGCUGUGGACAUUGCACUCAAAACUUGUUGAGAAGGGAAUUGCAGAUAUUACCAACAUCAAGGUGCUAGAUAAAGCCUCCGUCCCUAUAGUGAAACUGACUGACAAUGCCACAGAGGUGAAGGUUGACAUCAGCUUCAAUAUGGUUCAAAAUAAUGGCGUUGAAAGUGCUAAACUUAUCAAGGAAUACAUGGCCAAGUAUCCCAACCUCAAGUAUCUGGUGCUAGUGCUCAAACAGUUCCUGCUACAGCGAGACCUCAAUGAGGUGUUCACCGGCGGGAUCAGCUCCUACAGCCUCACUCUGCUCACUGUCAGCUUCUUACAGCUUCACCCCAGAAUAGAUGCUCAGCUGCCUGAAGCCAAUCUUGGAGUUCUUUUGAUUGAAUUUUUCGAACUGUAUGGACGAAAUUUCAAUUACCUGAAAACUGGGAUACGUGUAAAAAAUGGAGGUGAAUAUGUCCCCAAAGAAGACAUAAUCCGAGAAAUGGAAAAUGGCUACCGUCCAUCCCUACUGUGCAUUGAAGAUCCUUUGACCAAAGGAAAUGACAUUGGCCGCAGUUCAUAUGGAGCAAUGCAGGUGAAGCAAGCCUUUGAGUAUGCAUACCUGGUGCUCAGUAAUGUCUGUGUCCCCCAAAAUGCAUAUCUUGUCCGUACUGGCAAUCAGAGCAUACUGGGUCGUAUUGUGCGCGUGACGGAUGAGGUCGUUGAAUACAGAGCAUGGGUUCAGGAGAACUUCCACUGUCAGGAGAUUCCCCCGUGUAAUCUCAACCCAACAUAUGCUAGUGUCGUAGCUCCGCAGAUCCCCCAGUUCAGCAUACAACAACGUAACAACAGCAAUAACAACAACAGUAACAACAACACACCGUUCCUACACAAACCUAGUCUGGAGCAACAGUCAAUGGGUGAUAGUGAGAACUCGGACUACUCCGGGAACAGCUCUGGCUACAAGUCCUCCGCAAGCUCCAAUGCUGUAAGCUCCUCCGCCUCCAGCACAACCAGCGACACAGAUUCGGAUACAAACCCUGAUUCUCAAGUCCCUAUUGUGCGUGGUGGUGCUGUGAAGCCGGGACGUGCAAGUUCUGUGCCUAUGCCUAAUCGCGAAUUCGGAAGCAGGGACUAUCACAAACACAAUCCCCCUAUGUCAAGAGACGCUAGUAACAGUAGUGUGUCCUCCACACGCUCACUCACCUACCCUCAUAGGUCACCCUCAGUGUCGAAUAACAGUAACUAUCAUGCCCCCUCAGGGGGUUCGGACCUGCAACAUGGCCGUGAUAGGCACCACAGUGGAGCUUCGUCGGGCCAAGGCAAGACAUAUCGGAACCAGCAUGUUACCAGCAAGGUCUUCAGGCCCAGUGGGGGGAAACGCCGGAAAAACAACAGCAAUCGCAGAGACAAUCCCUCCAAUUCUGGGAACAAUCACAGAUGAUAGUUGAUAAAUGUGCUACUGACUGAGUGGGAACUUCACCAGUGAAUGUGUGCUAAGCUGCAUGUGUGGAGCCUUCUGAUUGGUUGGAUCCUUUUCACUGUCUCUGUGCAUUUGCGACAUUGUAUAUUUUGUAUAUUUUUUAUGAUGUGUGAGUGAGAUCCGUGGGGUGGCCGUCUGCCUGCCUGCCUGCCUACCUACCCUGCGUGAGUGCCUGUUCGUGUGGAGACGUGCUUACUGUGCGUUGAUGUAAAUACUCUGACAUGGGAACUGUGAUCUACUGUACCAACAGAAAUGGCAGCCCGAGGUUUGUCCGAUUUGACCUGCAAUGAUGGAAUCUCAUUGGCUGGCAAUCCAUUGCCCUCUCGUGAUUGUAAUUGCAAACCUUGGCUUUUUGAAUUGGUGCACUUUAUCUUUGAUUUCUGUCCUUUCUCGUCAGUGCCAACGUUGACCAACGUAAUGAUACAGCCACGGUCUGGUUGUGUGUUUGUUUCUACUUUCUAGUCGGUUUGCAGACUCGGCAAAUUGUCAAGCCUUUGUUUGAUAUUUCUGCACUGUAACCAUGGACAAGAUACAGCAUCCUGACAGAAUUUCCUUAAAAAUCAUGGAUCUUAUCGUGUUCUCUCAUUGAAGAUUGACAUAUUGUAUUGUCAUUUAGAAUUGUGUUAAUACAGUAUGUCCAUUCGGAUCUGAAAGUGGAAAGAUCAUUUUCAAAUGGUAAUACAGGUGGCUCUUUGUUGGGUUUGUGAACCCCCAAACUUGAUGUCAACUGUAUAUUCGAGAAAAAAUGGUUAAGUAUCUUUCUGCUUGCUAUCAGUAUGAUGAGAUGAUUACACUGUUUUUUUAAUAAUUGAUUAAGGCAAGAUUCUUUUCUGAAGUUAAAAUCAGCUUUGAUAAUGACAUUCCCUCUGUGAUCUCACUUGACACAUAUAUCUCCCUUUUGCACAUUUCUAUGAAAUUUUUCUAGUUGAGACAUAAGUGAAUAGAUAAGUGCUAUGAUUCGAUCAGGUACAAAUGUUAAAUAGACCAUUGAGAAAAUGACAUUGAAUUUAUCAAAAGAUCU